UUUUGUUCCGAGUUUUAUACAUAUUUAGAUGACGAAUCAACCUGAUGCCCAUUUCAAUUUUUGGCCACGACGCGAUGUGUUCUAGAUAGUGUUAUUCAAUUGACAAGGACAUUCAGUUGGUUCCAUCAUGAUAAACUUAGAGAAACAAACAAUUAAACGGCCAUUAGUUGGCACUCUCCAGUCAGUCGGUUAGAAAAUGUCCUUCCUAACGGACAUACUGAGACGUCGUAAGAAAGGAGAUGACCAUUUUGUGUUCCUUCUCACGGUUACUCUAGUCGUGUUGCUAAGUGUUUUUGGUCUUUUUCCCAUUACAUAUAGUCCGCGCAGUCGUGAACGUUUUCAAUUUUCAAUUAAACAUUUAAUCUAUUGCAUGCUGGUGACCAUAUUAUUUGCCAGCGUUUACGUGCGGCAAAUGUACCAAGAUUAUAUUCACAACCAGCUGAAUCUUCAGGAUGCUACAAAACUGUAUAGCUAUAUGAAUGUCAUUGUGACCGUUGUAAACUAUAUAACGCAAAUGGUAAUGGGCAGACAAGUGGCAAGGAUGAUGAGGCGAGUUCCCCUUUUUUCGACGCUGCGGUAAUCGCAUUUCCAUUAAUCCUAGAGAUCACUUUGGUAAUCCAGCAG